AUGAUUUUCUGGCCGGAUAAAAAGCGAUACACAUUCGUUCCGACAUUCAGCUUAUGUGGUACAGCUCUAAAUAAAGUUAAGCAAGUGAAGUAUUUGGGUCACUGGGUUACCGAGGACCUCAAUGACAAUAUAGAUAUUGAAAGAGAGCGCAGAGCGCUGUCGGUCCGAUACAACAUGUUGGCCCGCAGGUUUUCACGAUGCAUGGAGACUGUUAAAGUUGCGCUUUUUAAAUCGUACUGUCAGUCAUUUUACACCUGCAGCCUAUGGGUUAACUACACACUGCGGACAUACAGCGAUCUGCGUGUUCAAUAUAAUAACGCGUUCCGGGUGCUGAUGGCACUGCCGCGCCACUGCAGCGCCUCCGCUAUGUUCGCGGCAGCUCACACAGAUGGCUUUGCGGCCAUCAUGCGCAAGCGGUGCGCUUCUACCAUGCGCCGCAUGCGCGACAGUCCCAACACCAUACUGCAUGCGCUGUCGGACCGGUGGGACUCCCCGAUGCUGGAUCGUUGGAUACGGCUGCAUGCAGUCGUAUAG